GGUGGUCCUGAAGUUGGAAGUGUUGGGUUUUUCAGUUUACUGGAGCAGUGUGUCUACUAUCAGAUUGUUUUUCGUGGUCUUUGGCGUUUAUGGAAUUUCAUUCUCUUUUGUUAACGAAUUGGUUGGAUUAACCUAUGAAUCUUUAUAAGCUAAGCUCUUUUCAAGCCGCUAAUGUGGAUAAAAAAAGAGCCAAACAGUUUAAAGGAUUCAAGUUCAUGGUUUAGAAACAAACAAAAAGACAUCAAUUUUGGAAAUUGUCCAAUGCUCUCUUGAUGAGUUUCCAUUGUAGAGACGGUGAAUAAUUUCAAUCCUUAAUUUUUGCAGAAGCACUAGCCUCUCCUGCAGCCUUCUAUUCGAACGCACACCAUCAUGAGACUAUUGUCUUCGUAUGUGUGAAGUGCGUUUAUGUUUCCUUGACAUACCUAUUGAUAUGGUUUUAUGCUUUGAUUUUUUGUAAUACUCUGGAUUUUUUGUCCAUAUGGCUCAAUAAGAAACACAGUGUUAAAAAAAAAAAAAUUAUAUAACUCGCAAUCAAUACCCCCACAUUACCUCUCUUAUGCGAGCCCACACAUACACAUGAUAACUCUGUAUAGUAUUUGAAGUGAUUGAAAACAAACAUAACAAAAAUGAGUCGUUCAUAUCACAGUUCAAACAACCGACACUCAGUAUUGUCUCAACCGUUCCUGCCUUUCAACUAAUUCUUAUUGUACACUUUGGUACCCAAUUUGUACAACAUUCUCACAUCAAAACCAAGAGAAAAUGGUGGCUUCUCAUGGUGAGGACACCGAAAGUUCCUCCACCAAAAAGAAAAAGGAGACCUCCGCAGUGGUAUAUCGCGGGGCACGCAUGAGAAGCUGGGGCAAAUGGGUCUCGGAGAUUCGGGAGCCUCGUAAGAAAUCAAGAAUCUGGCUCGGGUCUUUCCCCACGGCGGAGAUGGCAGCUCGUGCGCACGAUGUUGCGGCGCUGAGUAUCAAAGGAAGCUCGGCAAUCCUUAACUUUCCAGAGCUCACUAACUCUCUGCCACGACCUGUCUCGCUCAGCCCAGCCGACAUCCAGGCCGCAGCAACAAAGGCCGCAUUUAUGGAAUUCAAAACACCAACGCUUCAUCUCGAGGAUGAAACGCCAUCUCAAACUAGAUGUGCGACUGAGACGAGCGACAAGGCGUCGUCCUCACCCACUACGUCUACGCUCUCAGAGGAGCUAGGAGAAAUCGUGGAGUUGCCGACUCUAGACAACGAGUUAAGUAAAGAUUUUAAGUUGUUCGACUCGUUGGAAGGGUUGGUCGGGAUGCCUCCAUGGCUAGAUGCUACCGAUAAAGAUUUUUCGUAUGGAGAGGAUCCAGUACUGUUUGACCCACUUUCCCAAGAAAGCUUGUUGUGGAAUCAUUAGUAAGAUUUUCUUGGAAAAGAAAAUUAUAUUUUGUUUCCUUCUCUCCAUUUCACCAAAUACCCAUACCCAUAAUUUCAUAUGCGUACUUUAUCUCCAAGUACAACCUUAGAUUAGUAAAUACUUCCGCUAACGGAAUUAUGUAAAGUGUAAACAACACAAGCUUUCCUUGUUUCUUUUCUUUAUCUUGCAUUGAUUGUUCACAUAUAGUUAAACUUUGUGUUAUUAAUAUUUUUGGGUGGUUUAGUCAUUUAAAUGUAACUAGGAUAAGACCUGCGCCUUGCGCAGGGUGAAUUUAUUUGUAUAUAUUUCGGUAGUUUCUUUUAUAUAUUUGAUCAUUUUAUUUAUAUAUAUAAAAUAUUUUUGUUGUUAUUA